AUGUUGCGGAUUUUGGUAGAAUCAGCCGCAGGUCUGCCAAAAAAGACGCUUGGAAGUCCUGAUCCCAUCACGACAGUGAUAUUUCGAGAGGAAAAGAAAAAAACAAAUGUUAUUGACAAUGAGGUGAAUCCAGUAUGGAACGAGCUCCUUGAGUUUAACCUAAAAGGAGCCGCACUGGAACCCAACUCCCACAUCGAUGUGAUUGUGAAAGACUCAGAGACCUUUGGGAAAAAUAAAUUCAUCGGUUCAACAAGAAUUCCUUUAAGAGAGCUUGCCUCUGGUCAACUUCGAUCACUACCGUCCAAAAAUGUGCCUCUGGUGGAUGAGAGUGGCCACAAUAUUGGUGCGACUGUUAACCUCACCAUUGGCUAUGAUCCUCCACUCAAAGCUAACUCCAAUGCAGAUGAAUCCAAUGAUGGUGAUUCUACUGUGGAUUCUGGUGAGGAGAUGGUACCCGACGGGGUCCCGGGUGGUCCUGCGACCACUCCCUCCGCUGGGGGUCAUUCGGCGAGCAUUCGCAGGCGAAUUGCAAGGUCGCAGAAUCGACACCGGCUUGUCAAUAAACCUCAAGACUUCCAGAUCCGCAUCCGUCUCAUCGAGGCCCGUCAGUUGCCAGGCAACAACAUCAAGCCAGUAGUCAAAGUGCAGGUGUGCGGACAGACCCAUAGGACGAGGAUUAAGCGGGGAAACAACCCGUUCUUUGACGAGAUGUUUUUCUAUAAUGUCCACAUGCUUCCAUCAGAACUAUUUGAACAGAACAUCAAUUUCUGGGUUUAUAAUUCCUACUCCCUGAGGGCUGACAGUCUAAUGGGAGAAUUUAAGCUUGAUGUUGGCUAUGUGUAUGAUGAAGCGGGUCACUGUGUCAUGAGGAAGUGGUUGCUCCUGAAUGAUCCGGAUGACUCCAGCUCAGGAGCAAAAGGCUACCUGAAAGUCAGUCUUUUUGUGAUGGGCAUCGGUGAUGAGCAGCCGUCAGAAAAGAGGGACUCUAAUGACGACCAAGAUGACAUUGAAAGCAACUUGCUGCUCCCAGCCGGUGUCACGUUACGAUGGGCCACGUUGUCGCUGAAAGUAUUUAGGGCGGAAGACAUCCCGCAAAUGGAUGAUGCAUUCAUCCAGUCACUGAAGGAGGUGUUUGGAGGAAAUAAAAAUAAGAAAAAUCUGGUGGAUCCUUUCUUAGAAGCUCGUUUCGCUGGCAAAAAGCUACGGACUGAGAUCAUAGAGAAGAAUGCAAACCCAGAGUGGAACCAAGUGUUGAAUCUACAAGUCAAGUUCCCCUCUAUGUGUGAGCGUGUCAAACUGACAGUGUUUGAUUGGGAUCGCGUGACUGGGAAUGAUGCUGUUGGCACCACAUACCUCAACCUGGCCAAAAUAGCCUCCUCUGGGGGAGAAAUUGAAGAGGAACAUGCAGGAAAUACGGAAGUGUCAUCAUUUGAAGCUGGAACGGGAGAGUCAGAGGUUGGUUUCCUGCCUGUUUUUGGUCCCUGCUACAUCAACCUGUAUGGUAGCCCCAGAGAGUUCACUGGACUGCCGGAUCCUUACGAGGAUCUGAAUUUGGGGAAGGGUGAAGGAGUAGCCUACAGAGGGAGGGUCCUUGUUGAGAUGUCCACCAAGUUGGAGGGCAAAGUUGACAAAGCAGUAGACGGCAUCCCUAGUGAUGACAUCUUGGUAGUGCAGAAGUACCAAAGGAGAAGAAAGUACUGUCUCUGUGCAGUCUUCCACAGUGCCUCAAUGAUACAGGAACCAGGGGAGCCGAUCCAGUUUGAAGUCAGCAUCGGUAACUACGGUAACAAACUUGACACCACCUGCAAACCACUGGCCUCUACCACACAGUAUAGCUGUGCUGUGUUUGAUGGUAACCACUAUUAUUACCUGCCGUGGGCGGCUACCAAGCCAGUCGUUGUGGUCACCUCAUUCUGGGAGGACAUAAGCCACCGCAUGGACACAGUCAAUAUCAUCAUGUACAUCCUUCACCGAUUGCAAUCUAACCUUGAACUCUUUCGAACGGCUGUGUCAGCUAAAGCGCCCGACAACCAACUAACUGCGGUGUGGGUGAAGUUGCUAAGUCAGCUAAUUGAAGACCUAGAAAAUUUCCCAACACCAGAGCUGGAGGGCCGCUCCAAUUUGACUUCCCUGGACAUCCAGCUCAAGAAGCUUCGAGACAGUGGCUUGAAAAGCAUCAACCAAGCGGCCAGACGCAUGAGAGAGGAAGCCCAAGACCUCCCUGACACUAUGGCCGACAUUGAGUCAUGGGUGGACAAACUCGCAAUGCUUGCCGAAGAGCCCCAGAACAGCAUGCCCGAUGUAAUCAUUUGGAUGCUUCGUGGUGAAAGGAGGGUAGCGUACACACGCAUACCGGCCCACCAAAUCCUCUAUUCCACAUAUAGUGAGGAGGCUUGUGGGCAAUACUGUGGCAAAACCCGCAACAUCUUUUUAAAGUACCCAAUGGACAAAAACAAAGGAUUGAAGGUGCCUGUUCAGAUCAGAGUCAACAUGUGGCUGGGUUUGUCUGCACAUGAAAAGAAGUUCAACUCCUUCUCGGAGGGAACCUUCAGUGUGUUUGCAGAGCUGUACGAGAACCAAGCCAGUAUGUUUGGAAAGUGGGGAACCACAGGACUGGUGGGGCGCCAUAAAUUCUCUGACGUAACAGGCAACCUAAAGCUGAAAAAGGAGUACUUCAUGCCCCCCAGAGGAUGGGAGUGGGAGUCAGACUGGUUUAUUGACCCAGAGAAAGCUCUCUUAACUGAAGCGGAUGCGGGACACACUGAAUUCAUGGAUGAGGUUUUCCAAAAUGAGACGCGCUUCCCUGGUGGAGAGUGGAAAGCGGCCUCCGAGCCCUUCACUGAUGUGAAUGGUGAGAAGAACCGAAAUCCAUCGGAGUUUGAUUGUCCCCCUGGUUGGAUCUGGGAGGAUGAGUGGACAGUUGAUGACAACAGAGCUGUGGAUGAUCAAGGAUGGGAAUAUGGACUGACCAUUCCACCAGAUGACAAGCCUCGGUCAUGGGUGCCAGCAGAGAAGGUGUACCACGUCCACCGUAGGAGACGUCUAGUUCGACCUCGCAAGAGAGCCGCACUUCCUGCAGGCACAGCUGUGGAGAAGCGGGACCAAGGAGAUCCGGAGGGUUGGGAAUUUUCGUCACUGAUCGGCUGGAAGUUCCACAGGAAGGAACGGUCGUCAGAUACGUUUCGUCGGAGGAGGUGGAGGAGAAAGAUGGCGCCAGAAGACCGCUUGGGAGCAUCGGCCAUCUUCAAACUGGAGGGUGCACUGGGUGUUGAUACGGAGGAGAAAGAGAAAAGCUCCAAGGGUGAUGUCACUAAGAUGUUUGGUGCUAACACACCCACUGUGUCCUGCUCUUUAGACAGGUCAUGUAUGUAUCACCUCCGUGUUUAUGUCUACCAGGCAAGAAACAUGACAUCUAUGGAUAAAGACAGUUUUUCUGAUCCCUACGCCCACGUCUCCUUUCUACAUUUAAGUAAGACAACAGAGAAGUUGCGUGCGACAUUAAACCCAACCUGGGACCAGACUCUGAUUUUUAACCAUGUGGAAAUUUACGGGGACCCGCACGCUCUUGCACAACAUCCCCCUGAUGUGGUCAUAGAAUUCUACGACCAUGACCAAGUGGGCAAGGACGAGCUGCUGGGUCGGUGUGUUUGCGUUCCACUGGUGAAGAUGAACGCUAGCAUGGAUCAGACACCCAAACUGCUUUGGCAUCCCAUCAUGCAAAGGGGGCGCGAGGAAGGGGAGGCGCUGAUUGCCGCUGAACUUAUCCUUAAAGAUAAGUCAGGAGAGUCUGAUCUUCCACUGGUUCCCCCAAAGAGGGCAGAGAACCUCUACAUGGUUCCACAGGGAAUCAGACCCAUUGUGCAGCUCACUGCAGUUGAGAUUCUAGCAUGGGGUCUGAGAAACAUGAAGCCAUAUCAGCUGGCAACAGUGUCCUCACCCAGUCUAGUGGUGGAGUGUGGCGGACAGAGGGUGGAAUCUGCAGUCAUCAGGAACAUGAAAAAAAGCCCCAACUUCCCCAGUUCGGUCCUCUUCAUCAAAGUGCUCCUACCAAAGGAUGAGAUGUACGCUCCUCCAAUUGUGCUGAAGGUGAUUGACCACCGUCCAUUCGGCAGGAAACCGGUGGUGGGCCAAUGCACCAUCACCUCUUUGGAGCAGUUUCGUUGCGACCCCUAUGUCAUCAAGGCCGAGGGGGCUAUGGCUUCCAAAAUGGCCCUCAUGGCAACGACUCAUUCCAGACACAUCUCUAUCAACAUGGAAGAAACGACAUUACUAUUAGAAACUCAGUUCAUGUGCAGCAUGUCAGCUGCUGUCAACAAAAUGACUCCCCCUACCUCCUACUUUAGUGUAGAGAAGGAAAAGCAAACGGUGGAUUGGUGGAGUAAAUUCUAUGUUUCGGUGGGAGAGCAUGAAAAAUGUGGACCUUACCUCAAGAAAGGAUAUGACACUCUCAAAGUGUAUGACCGCGAACUGGAAGACAUAACACAAUUUGAAGGGCUGACAGAUUUCUGCAGCACCUUUAAACUACAGCGAGGCAAAAACGAGGAUGGCGAUGAUGACCCGAGUGUCGUCGGAGAGUUCAAGGGCUCGUUUAAAGUGUACCCCCUGCCAGAUGACCCAGGUGUCAGCGCUCCUCCAAGACAAUUCCGAGAGCUGCCAGAUAGUGGACCUCAGGAGUGUCUGGUCAGGAUUUAUGUGGUCCGAGCCAUCGAUCUGCAACCGAAAGACAAUAACGGCAGAUGUGAUCCAUACAUGAAGAUAUCCCUUGGAAAAAACACAAUUGAUGACAGAGACCACUACCUCCCCAACACAACCAAUCCUGUGUUUGGAAGGAUGUUUGAGAUGACGUGUUUCCUGCCUCAAGACAAGGACCUGAAAAUCUGCGUAUAUGACUACGACCUGUUGAGUCGUGAUGAGAAGGUCGGGGAGACUGUGAUCGACUUGGAGAACCGCUUCUUGUCGCGUUACAACUCUUACUGCGGCCUGCCACAAACCUACUGCACUUCUGGAAUCAACCAGUGGCGGGACCAGCUCAAACCCUCUGAGAUCUUGGACAACCUUGCUCGUCUUAAAGGCUAUUCCAAACCCAGGAGUGAAGACAAUGGCAAUUCGCUCACCUUCAAUGGAAAACAAUAUGUGCUAGCCCAGUUUGAGGACAAACAGCAGUUUCAUGAACACCUGGGUCCAGCCUGCGAACGUUUGUGUCUGCACGUCCUGCGAACACAAGGAUUGGUACCUGAGCAUGUGGAGACCAGGACACUGUACAGCAGUUUUCAGCCCAAUCUGUCCCAGGGAAGGCUUCAGAUGUGGGUGGACGUUUUCCCCAAAAGCAUGGGUCCGCCUGGCCCACCGUUUGACAUCACACCACGAAAGCCAAAGAAGCAUUUCCUGCGUGUCGUCAUUUGGAACACGACGGACGUGACUCUGGAUGAGACUAGUGUCACCGGAGAGAGCAUGAGUGACAUUUACGUCAAAGGUUGGAUGCCAGGAAUGGAGGAGGACAAACAGAGGACCGAUGUCCACUAUAGGUCUCUGGACGGAGAUGGCAACUUCAACUGGAGGUUUGUCUUUGAAUUCGACUACCUUCCUGCAGAGCAACUCUGCCUUGUCUCCAAGAAGGAGCACUUUUGGAGCUUAGACAAAACUGAGUUCAGGAUCCCACCCAAGCUGACCAUCCAGAUAUGGGAUAAUGACAAAUUCUCACUGGAUGAUUAUCUUGGAACUCUUGAACUCUAUUUGAACAACUUGCUUCCCCCUGCCAAGACGCCAGAGAAGUGUUCACUGUCCAUGAUGGAUGAUGUGGACACAGAUGUGCCACACAAGCCUGAACCUGCCAAGUGUCUGUUUACUCAGAAAUCAGUGAGGGGCUGGUGGCCCUGUUCCAUUGAGCGGGAUGGGCACAAGAGCUUGGGGGGUAAAGUGGAAAUGACUUUAGAAAUUGUGAGUGAAGCUGAAGUGGAUGAAAAGCCAGCAGGAAAAGGCAGGGAUGAACCCAACAUGAACCCAAAAUUGGACCCUCCCAAGCGCCCCGAAACCUCAUUCUUUUGGUUCACCAACCCGUGCAAGACCAUGAAAUUCAUCGUGUGGAGAAGGUUCCGGUGUCUCUUCAUUGCAGUCAUCAUUCUUACUAUUGUGAUUCUCUUCCUUGCCAUCUUAUUGUAUUCGCUACCAAACUAUAUCUCAAUGAAGAUUGUGAAGCCAUUAAAAUAA